AUGGGGGUUGCCGCAUCCCCCCUCUGCCCCGGGGGCAGCAAGCCCCUUCCUCUUCCUCCUCCCCCCGCCGAGCCCCGCGCCGGAGCCCCUCUGGCACAGCCUCUUCGCCGUGUCCUGCCAGGGGCGGAGAGCCCCCCCCGGAGCGCCGGAGCGCCGGCCGAGCCCAGCACCGCGGACAGCUCCCGGCUCCCGGCGGGCCGAGCCCCAGCACCGCGGACAGCUCCCGGCUCCCGGCGGGCCGAGCCCCAGCACCGCGGACAGCUCCCGGCUCCCGGCGGGCCGAGCCCCAGCACCGCGGACAGCUCCCGGCUCCGGGCGGGCCCGGGCGCGGGUGCCGCCGAGCUCCGCCCGCGGAAGGGACAACGGUGCCCGGCUCCGGACCCUGCUCCGUGCCUCUGUGCCACGGUUGAUUGCGUAUUGCUGGCAGCCCUCUGCUGUAGCAGCACGCCGCUCUGCCGAGAAGGACGCCGAGAGAUCCACACACACACAGAGUACCACCCGCCUCUCUCACGGAGCCAGAAGAGGGCUCGGAGUCUGUUUGUCUUCUGUGGAUCGGGAUUCACAAGCUUGGACCGUGCCUGGUUACAGUGGUGUAUGAGUCUACAGACCCCGAGGUGUGGUACAGAGUUAGAAAGAAACCUCAGAUCUGUCACGCUGUGGAGGGGUAAAAUAAACCCUAUACAAUCAGCAAACCCAGCCCAAGCCUUCCUGCCUCCCGGUAACCAACUUUACCCCCCUCCCAAUUGCAGGAAUUCCCUCCUUUCCUCCUCCCUCCACACUCCUUCCUUUGGAGACUGUAGGAUGAGGCAUUUCCUUCUAUCUGGCUCAGGGUAA